CCAUUAUGUGCUAUGACCGCUACGUGUCCAUCUGCAAACCCCUGCACUACGGGACCCUCCUGGGCAGCAGAGCUUGUGCCCACAUGGCAGCAGCUGCCUGGGCCAGUGCCUUUCUCAAUGCUCUCAUGCACACAACCAAUACAUUUUCCCUGCCGCUUUGCCACGGCAAUGCCCUGGGCCCGUUCUUCUGUGAAAUCCCACAGAUCCUCAAGCUCUCCUGCUCAAAUUCCUACCUCAGGGAACUUGGGCUUAUUGUAUUCUCCAUAUGUUUAGCGUUUGGCUGUUUUGUUGUUUUCUCCUAUGUGCAGAUCUUCAGGGUUGUGCUGAGGAUCCCCUCUGAGCAGGGACAACACAAAACCUUUUCCACCUGCUUCCUUCACCUGACUGUGCUCUCCCUGUUUUACAGCACUGUUAUGUUUGCCUACCUGAAGCCCCCCUCCAUGUCCUCCCCAUCUCUGGAUCUGUCCCUGUCAGUUCUGUACUCAGUGGUGCCUCCAGCCCUGAACCCCCUCAUCUACAGCCUGAGGAACCAGGAGCUCAAGGCUGCAGUGAGGAGAUUGAUGACUGGCUGA